UCGUCCGCACCCUACGAACUUGGCAACCACCAAGCAAUAGCAUAGCAUAGACAAGUCCUGAAACCACACGAGCACUUCUACCCCCUGCGCUGCGCUGCACGCCUCCGAUCCGAUCGACGCAACCAACCAAAGCCCAGUUCUGAGAUCGCCACAUCAUCGACGCCAACAACAUCAGAUAGUACACAUACGACUCUUCCUACGGAAAACCAAAAGCAGCAUCCGAUCGGGGCAGCCAGAAACAAAAGAAAUUCCCCAAUCCCAUGCCACGAAAUCCCAUCUAAUCUUUUAAUUCCGCCUCGCCCCUAAUCUUCUUUUUUGUUUUUCCCUUCCGUCCGAGCAGUAAUGAGGAGGCAAAGAAAACGAAAAGCAAAGCGCCAAGAGCACAAACGCACCAGCGCAUCACGGCAGGAGCAUCCAUCAUCGACGGAGGAAGGAGCGCAGGCGCGGAUGCGAGUGAGCGGGGAAAAAAAUCAGACAAGGGGGAAGAAAAAGUCUGAGCCCCACUGCGCCCCGGGAAAAAUCCCCGAGCCGUCAAAAUCCAAUCUUCUUGACGGACGCUUUGCCUCGCCCCCCCUGCGGCGCGCCUACUGUUCUCGGGUUUGUUUGCGGCUCUGGCGAUAAUUAUUAGCCUUCUGGUGUUUGGUGAUUAAUGAUGCUGCUGAUGCUGCUGGUAACUGCCGACGAACCUGCCUAAUCUGCGGAUCUUUGUGUUCUGGUGGUGCCGAUUUGGUUUUGGUCCGCGUUCUUGGAUUCAUUCGGCCGUCCCCCUGUUUUCGGCUCGAUCGGGAUUGAUGCGGGGUGGGUUGGGCUCGCGUCCAAUUCGCCACCACCACAAGUACGCUUCUUUUUUAUUCUUUCCGGAGCGGGAUUUGCCUUUGCGCUGUGAGAGCUAUUUCCGCAAUUGCUAGGGCUUCCGUGUUCUCCCAACUCUUUACUCUUUCUCCUUUGCCCCCCAAAUCGAAUCCUCCUCCGCCCCUCAUCCCCUCCGCGUUUAGAUCCGAGGUCGUCGACUUUGCCCGUGCCUCCCCCGAUUCGGCCUAAAAAACUGCGUCUUGGGUUCCAUGAAGGCCUGAGGUAAACUUGGGGGGCCUGUUUUGCUCAGCCAUGUCACAAAUCCAGAGCUUAUCGCGGCAGAGCUGCGUGCUACUCGCGGUGCUCUGUGGGAAGCACGCCGACAAGCGUUUACUGCAGGGGAGGUCCGGACCGGAGGCAAAGCGGCCACGGCCGUCAUAUCCAUUUCCUGAGCUCGGUUCAUCGGGGCGAUUAGAGGUGCAUACGCUGUUCAAUCCAACACCUGAGCAGUUCCUUGAGGCACAGCGAGUAGUGCAGCCCAACUUCUUGUACAUCCAAGGGCAGCAGCUGGAAGAUGAGAAGGAGAUUGGUUCACUCGUCUGGGGAGACACGGAUAUGUCUGAUCCGCAAGCGUUUGUCUGUCUCAUUAGCCCGCCAUUCCCCACGAUAGUCUACCUGGAGGUUCCUAUUGGUGAAAAACUUGCCCAAGCAGUUCAUUCGAAGGGUAUUCCAUACGUAAUAUACUGGAGAAAUUCAUUUUCUUCUUAUGCAGCAUCCCAUUUUCGCCAUGCAUUGUUGUCAGUAGUUCAAAGUUCGGUGAGCCAUACAUGGGAUUCCUUUCAGCUUGCUCAUGCAUCCUUUCGACUGUACUGUGUAAGAAACAAUCAUGUGCAAAGUGUUAAGCUCGGGCCUCGUCUACUUGGGGAUGCUCCAAAGAUAAAUAUAAGCGCUCCUGAGAAUGAAAUGGCAGAGGAAGAAGGUUCUUCUGAUGUGUCCCCAGCUAUAAAAAUAUAUGAUGAUGACAUCAAAAUGCAAUUCCUUCUCUGUGGAGUACCAAGCACCCUGGAUCCUUGUUUGUUGGGCUCAUUAGAAGAUGGUCUGAACGCGCUUCUAAAUAUUGAAAUUCGUGGGAGUAAACUUCAGAACCGAAUCAGUGCUUCUCCGCCGCCUCUUGAAGCAGCUUCUUUACCACGUGGAAUGGUUACCAUGCGUUGUGAUAUCACUACUUGCAGUUCUUCUCAUGUGUCGCUUCUUGUUUCUGGUAGUGCACAAACUUGUUUUGAUGACCAGCUUCUAGAAAGCCACAUCAAGAAUGAACUCAUAGAGAAGAACCAGCUAGUCCGUGCUCUCCCAAAUAGCAUGGAUAAGUUAUCUUCAACUGAGCCUCUCACUUCCAUGUCCGUAGCUUGUGGGGCUUCUACCUUCGAAGUCUGGAUGACCCUUCCUAAAUGGGCAGCACAGGUUCUGAAGCAUCUAGCAAGGGAAAUCUCAUACAGGAGCUUAGUUGCACUUGGAGUUGGUUGCAUAAAUGCUACUCCUGUUGCUUCAUUUGAUAGAGAAGAUGCAGAUCGCGUUCUUUUCUUUUGCACAGGUCAACAGAAAGAUUUAGUCGCUGAUAGUGGUCCAUAUUUUCAUCUGCCAAGAUGGUCAGCCUCCCUUACAAAAGACAGAGUAAAGAGAGGCUCAGAAUCAAAACCAAAUGUUUUUGGUGCGAAUGGAACUUCAGAGGACAAGGAACUUCCCAUCGAAGGGCCUUCCUCGCUGACACCACUGAAGGCAAAAUUUAAACCUGCAACUAUGAGGCCCAUUCCUCACUCUCGGCAGCAGCAAAUGCAUCCUUUUAUGGGUUUCCCUGAAGCCACCAUUCAUGAAAAUAGUCAUGUCAAGCCAAACUUGCCAGCUGCACCACCUGUUAAGCAUAAUUUAAUACCUGCUGCGACAGCAGCACAUAGAAAAUCAACAUCAGGGCCAUCUCAUGCUCAAUCAAUCAUUCAGCUGAAUCCGUUGCCGAUGAAGAAACAUGGGUGUGAUCGAUUGCCUAUCCAAGUGUGCUCCGAGGAGGACUUCUUGAAGGAUGUUAUGCAGUUUUUGAUUCAGAGGGGCCACAAUCGACUUGUACCUCAUGGAGGACUAGCUGAAUUUCCCGAUGCAGUCCUUAAUGCAAAACGCCUUGAUCUCUAUAACUUGUACAAAGAGGUGGUGUCCAGGGGUGGAUUUUAUGUGGGCAAUGGUAUAAACUGGAAGGGUCAGGUCUUUUCGAAGAUGCGUAACCAUACUGUGACUAACAGAAUGACUGGUGUCGGGAACACACUGAAAAGGCAUUACGAGACAUACUUGUUGGAAUAUGAGCUAUCACAUGAUGACGUGGAUGGGGAGUGCUGUUUGCUUUGUAACAGUAGUGCUCCUGGAGAUUGGGUUAAUUGUGGUUUAUGUGGCGAAUGGGCUCACUUUGGUUGUGAUAGACGACAAGGGCUGGGCACUUUCAAGGAUUAUGCAAAGACAGAUGGAUUGGAAUACAUCUGCCCCCACUGUAGCCUAGCGAAUUAUAAGAAGAAGCCGCAGCAGCCACAGAAAGUAGCUAACGGCUUUGGAAAUACCGUGCCUUUGUCACGGAAUGUCUAAUCUUCCAUCUUUCUUCCUUUCAUUUUUCGCCUUUCUGCCCCAGGGAGAUGAGACAGUAGGGUAGAGGCUGAUAGAGAGCAGGUUUGUAGUGUUGAUCUGUAUUAUCCCAUUAAUUUGGAUCAAUGUAGGAUGCUGAGUUUUAUAUAGCACGUAACAAGUGACAUCACAGAGAAGCUACAACAGUAGCUGGUCAGAUUAAGUGUAAGCGCCUGUUGAUAUAAAUUUAGAUGGUGUAUCUUCGCUUCCCAUUGGCUGACAACAUGUUGCCAUCAGAGCCUUGCUGUUGAAAUUGGUUUUGGCUGUGAA